CGGGGGCAGGGAUGCCAUUGGGUUGAGGGACUGUGUGAGAUGGAGACGCCCCCAACGGUGUGCCCGAAGGGGUUCUCCGGCGCCUAAGCCUGGUCGGGGGUUUCUGGUGGGCCCUGGUCCGCGACUUGGAGAGUGACCCGGCUGAAGGGAGCGAAGACAAAGAGGCCGGCACCCAGUCCCCGCCGCUCCUGGAGCCGAGCCUUGCGCCAGCAAACCCCACAGCACUCGGAGCCUCUGACCAGUCCCCGAGCCGUCCUCAGGAGACCGACCCAUCGCCACUGUCCCCUCCAACUCCCUCUCUACCAACGCAGUGUGCUCUCCCCAAGCCCACCUGGCCCUCGUUUCAGGAACUGAAGCCGGCUGCACCCGAGGCGCACCCUUUACCUCAGUAGCUCUGCGUUCCUUGCAGGACCCUACAUUUAGUCCUUGGUUUUUGUCUGGGCUGGGAAUUGGUUGUAAAGCCCGAGUGGGCGGGGCGGCCCGCCUGGGCCUCGGGAAGAACUUGGGGUACCUGGGGGAAAAUCAACCGCGACCGCUGGACAGAGGCUUUCUGUUACCUUCAGCAGGAUGGUGGCUUGUCUUUAGAUCAUCUCGAACUCCUGGCCUCCCGUACAGUUCAAACUCACUGAGUGGCGUUGGUCGGGGGAGCUACCUGCGCUCGGAUUUGGGGGAGGUGGGAGAGGAGCAGACAGUACUUUUCUAUCCCUGCUGCUCCUUGGGGCUGCCCUGGAAGUCGCCCAGAAACGCAGCUUCUGCUGACAGACUUGCUGUUCGCAAGAUGGUACUACCUCGGAUGGCCACUUGGAGUAUAUGGGAAGUCAAGACUUUGGAACUAUAAAUUCUGAUAGUGCCAUCUCUCUCUACCCUAGGAAGCAACUCCUCUUUCAGAGAGAGAUUCAUCUGCUGGUGAUUCCCCAAAGGACAUGGGAAGAUAGGUCCUUAAGUGGAGGGAAGCUGCUUCCAGCUGUGAACGAUGGCCAGACCCACUCUCAGAGGGGAUGGCACUAACUCGGAGCCCUUCCGACAGCGCUUCAGGAGAUUCCAUUACCAAGAGGUGGCUGGGCCCCGGGAGGCUUUCAGCCAACUCUGGGAACUUUGCUGCCGCUGGCUAAGGCCAGAGGUGCACACCAAGGAGCAGAUUGUAGAACUGUUGGUGCUAGAACAGUUCCUGGCUGUCUUACCUGGGGAGAUCCAGAAUUGGGUACAGGAACAGCGCCCGGAAAGUGGAGAGGAGGCGGUGGCUCUGGUGGAAGAUUUAGAAAGAGAACCUGGAAGAUCUGGACGUUCGGUCACAGUCUCUGUGAAGGGGCAGGAAGUGCGCUCGGAGAAGAUGACACCCCCGAAAUCAUCACAGGAGUUAUUAAGUGUUCCUCAGGAGUCAGUGGAACCCCAGUCCAGGGGUAUACCUGAGAAAGAGAGGGCAAGAAGCCCAGACCUGGGACCACAGCAGCAGAUGAACCCAAAGGAGAAGCUCAGACCUUUCCAAAGGAGCGGUGAGGAAUUCCAAUUUCUUAAGUCUGGUGUGGUCUCCAGGCUGGAGCAAGGAAACCCAGAGAUCCCAGAUCUGCCCCAGAGACCGACAGUACCUGCUGAAUUGCUCCCCUCCAGAAGAGAGAGAAGCAGCGGGGUAGAACAGGAUCACCGGGCUUGGAGGAUGAGAAGGUGGCAUGUAUUGGGGCUGUGAAGAGACCAGAUCCUCCUAACAAUUCUCAGUCAGACUGAGUUUUAUGAAGCACUCUGAAAUUGUCAUAGACAUAGCAAGUAUAUGGGGAGCUUGGCUCUUCCAGGCCUGGGAGAGAACUUAGUCAAGAGUGGCCACCCACUUGACACUUGUCCCUUCUUUGACAACAUGGACGCCCUGACGAGUGCCCAGGUCAUUGCCCUGCCGGAUAAUGGUGUGGAAGAGGCAGCCUCUCUCACUAGCCUGGUGGGCAGUGAUUCUGAGACCAAUGAGCGUGAUGAUCGGGCUGGUGGCCUGUGGGGAAGCAGAAAAGGACAGGCUGAGGGAUCUGACAAGGAUGAGGGGGUCCCUCCCCGCCAGGACUUGGACAGCCCGUCUGCACCAGUCCUGUUCCAAAGCCCAAGUGGUGUCCAUUGGGGUUAUGAAGAGACCAAGACGUACCUUGCAAUCCUUAGUGAGACCCAGUUUUACGAAGCCCUUCGGAACUGUCAUCGCAACAGUCAGCUGUAUGGAGCUGUGGCUGAGCGGUUAUGGAAACACGGCUUCCUCAGGACACCUGAGCAGUGUCGGACCAAGUUUAAAAGUCUACAGACGAGCUAUCGAAAAGUCAAGAAUGGCCAACCAACAGAGACCUGCCCCUUCUUUGAAGAGAUGGAUGCUUUGGUGAGUGCACAGGUCGCUGCCCUGCCCAGUACUGGCCUGGAAGAGGAGACGGCUUCUUGCCCGAUCCAAGGGACCAGUGAGGCCGAGGCUGAGAAGCAGGAUGAAGAGGCAGAAGAGACCAUAGAAGAAGAAGAUUCUGAUGGUGAUGACGAGGAUCUGGAGAUACCGCCGGGGGCUGUCCUCACCCGUGCCCCAGUGUUAUUCCAGAGCCCCAGUGGUUUCGAAGCUGGAUUUAAGAAUGAGAAGAAUCAAAAUCGGGAUAUUUCUGAGGAAGUACAGCUGCACAGGACAUUGCUUGCAAGAUCUGAAAGGAAAAUCCCUCGGCGUCAUCAUCAGAGCAAAGGCAGUGACAGUGAAUGUGGAUCAGGAAAACAGUGGGAAAGGUCGCCAGGGGAGAGACGAGAAAAACCGACCCUCCCUGUGAGGAGCUUAGGGAAAGUCUUACAUCAUCAGAAACCGUACCUGGAAGAGAGACAUUCUAAAUAUCUCAAAUAUGGCAAAAGCUUUGGUUCAAACUCCCACCUUGUGCAUCAGAUAUCCCACCAAAUGGAAACCCCAUAUAAAUGUACCGACUGUGGGAAAAGCUUCAGUCGUAGUGCACGUCUCAUUAGACACCGGAGGAUCCACACGGGUGAGAAACCUUAUAAAUGCCUUGACUGUGGGAAGAGUUUCCGAGACAGUUCAAAUUUUAUCACCCAUAGGAGAAUCCACACAGGAGAGAAACCUUACCAAUGUGGGGAGUGUGGGAAAUGCUUUAAUCAGAGCUCAAGCCUUAUAAUUCACCAGAGAACCCACACAGGAGAAAAGCCCUAUCAGUGUGAAGAGUGUGGGAAAAGCUUCAAUAACAGUUCGCAUUUCAGUGCACAUCGGAGGAUACACACAGGCGAGAGACCCCAUGUGUGUCCUGACUGUGGGAAGAGUUUCAGUAAGAGUUCUGACUUACGUGCACAUCAUAGAACCCAUACAGGAGAGAAACCCUAUGGGUGUCAUGACUGUGGGAAGAGUUUCAGUAAAAGCUCUGCCCUUAAUAAGCACCGAGAAAUCCAUACACGAGAGAAGCUUCUGUCACAGUCAGCACCUAAGUAAGCCCCCAAGGAUCUAGAAAGGCAAGAACCUCAAAAAAUGUUUGGGAAGUCUUCCAACAAUGAGAUCCCUCUCCUGAUCUGUGCCCAACUAGUGCAGGAAAUGCUCGUUAGGGUCUAUGCCACGGCUCCUUCUCUUUCUCCUGGAUCUAAAGCCAAGUCUCUAACACAGUCAUCUUAUAAAGACUGCAAUUUCAUCCCCUCUGCUGCACCUGGAUUGACAGGUGACACCUUUCCCCUCUAGUGCCUAUGUGGUUUCUGUAGGUAGAGAGGAGGUAGUGGUAGGCCCCGUGGGUUUCAUGUGCACCCUUCCUUCCCCAUCCUGUUCCUCAGCAACACUUCGGACUGGAUAAACCCACCCCAGAAGCAUCUCAGGGAGAAGCUGUGAGACUUCUCUCAUACUUGAGUCUAGCUUUUCUGUGAGACAGUAGCGGAAGUGCUAAACAGGUUACUCUUUCUGCACAGUUACGCUUGGUUCAGAAUGACAUAUUUAUCAUUUUUCAUUUACCUUAAAGGAGAGUUUAAUGCCUUUGGUUCUGCCCUAUGAAUCAUUUUUCAAGGUGUUAUAUAUGGUAAAACAACAUAAACCCUAUAUAAAUAUUGAGGCGUGACCCUUGAUUUUUUUUUUCUCCUCCCUCCUGCCCCGCCUCCCCCGCCCCUCUACCAAGUUCUAGAAAGUUUAGAAUAGAAGAGGAAUGCACUUACAGCAUCUAACUUGAUUAUCUUUCUGCCCCUCACAUCUGAAUUUUCAUCUGCUCAGAAGCCCGGCGAGCAAGCCAGCUGGAUGUGAUGAGAAAUUUUAAGCUGCCAAUAUGGAAUUUUCCAAACCCCACAUACUUCACCUAAGUGCGCAUCCUGUAGGCGAUCAGUACUAACCUACAACGAGCAGAAGCCACUGCCACAUCUAUGUGUAUUAGAAAAAUAGACCACUUAGGCCCUACCAUCAUUACCUUAAUGGCAGGGGAGAUCCCUUUGGUCUGUGGAGCUGCCAGUUUGUGAAACACACACUCAACUAGAUAGGUUUUAAAAGCUUUUAAAUACAAGUGUUUAUUACUGCUCUUAAUAAUCAAGUAGACCUUAACUCUUUUUUGUUUGUUUUUAGACCGUAACUCUUUUCGGUAGAGGAAAGACUCAUCUUUCACCCUAGGAGCAAGGGUGGUUUUGAACUGCUGACAGUGCAGUUAGUCCACCACAGAACUCACUAUGGCACCAGGGUUCCAUCAACAAAUAUUAAAUUGCCUGUAUGUCAAUAGUACUAUGGUGCAACCUGUAUGUACAACACACAUUAACCAGACCCUGUCCUUGUCCUUACAGUUUAGAACCAAUCACACUGACAUGGACAAAUAAUUAAAUGCACAUACAUAGUUUAAAGAGUUGUAGAGAAAUCUGGAAAGUUAGAUAGUGACACCAUGCAUAAUGUUAAAGUGCAAUGCCUUUGAAUUUUCUAUCAAAUAUCUGGGAGGUAUUCUUUUGUUCAGAGGAGGGAAGUAGCUGGCUAAAUUAGGGUGGGAUGAACGUUCGAAAACUAGUUGCAAAAUUGAGUGCUGAAAAAAAAAAAAAUUGAGUGCUGAGUGAGUGAGAAAUAGGAGCAUUAAGGAGUACCAUAUUUUGUAUAGCUAGAGGGGCAAGGAUAGAUGGCAAACAAAGUUAGGAAAAGCUGGGGCAGCCCCAAAGCUCAGUGGUAUGACGUGGCUGUGCAACAAGCCAAUCGUCUAAGCUGAAACACGAGUGCCUUUACGACCAGGACUGUGCCAUCUUUCUUGUUCAGGAAACAGCUAGCUGGCACUGGGGGAGCGUGAUAUUUUAAAGGACCAGCCCCUAGGAGAGACAAAAAUUCAGAGACUAUUUUGAAGAUGGACAGGAGGUGACUAGGGCCAGAUGGCUCAACUCUGGGAUAAGGAGCUGUUUGAUAUUAAAUGAGAUUUCUGUAGCUGGACUGAGGUCUGGGAGGGGUUGGGAAUCAGAUACUCUGCAGUUACGACUAUAUUAGAUCAGAGAUCAGUUAGGGUUCUGGUGUUGGAGGCAGCUGAUAAAAAUUUUUUCUUAACAUUACUAGCACAUAAGAGAAGACUAUCACAAUUGUGUUUUAUAAGUAGACGGAAGGUAGAAGAAACACCAUUAAGCACUGGCUCAGAAUCUGAGAUGAUUUAGGAAAUGUGCUGUAAUGUCAAACACGCACACACAAAUCCUAUUUAGCAUACCUAUAUAGAUUGAUGAAGAAAGCACUGGAGGGGGUGUGAAUCCUAAGUCAACCUGCCUCAAUUUUCUUUUAUAUAUAGUAGAUAAAGUAGAAGAUCGUUUACACCUUAAUCUGCCUCUCAGGGAUACCACUGCUAAUAAAAAUGAUGUGUAAAGUC